AUGUCGCAUCAGCUUCAUGGGUUUGGGUCCGAAAUGGACAUGGGCACAACUCAUAAUAUCGCAGGGAGCGGUAGAAGACUUGAAUUCAGAGCUGAAUUUAAGCAAGCUGCAUGGAUUCACCAAGAGGCAUACUUUCGAAUUGUGGUUCCAGGGAUGUACGUACCGAGCUUCCUUCCGUUGAGCUUGCAGAUCCUCGGUAAACGGAGCUCGGACAACAUGCUCAAGGAGCCAUUCCACUUGACGAAUAUCCGUGUUGACUUACUAGAAUUUAGUUGCGUGCCAAGCAAAUAUACUGAAGCGACAGACAUCCGGAGUAAGGUGUUAUUUGAGAAGGAAACGUCCAUGGAGAUCAAUUCUUUAAACAGCAAACUCAUGAUACCUCCAACAAUGUAUGACUGUGUGAUUCCACAGGUUGGUCCUACGUUCUUCAUUGGAGGGUUCACUAGAACAUAUGGAUUGAAAAUCACGUUAUCGAUUUGCAACAAAAGAGUUCCCCGUUUCAAUGUGUCUGCGUUUAUCGAACUUCACGUGGCGCAGAAAAGGUAUGAAAGGAUACAUGAGCAGGAAAUUUAUAACCCACUUUGGCACUUUCUAGGGUGUAACAAGGACGAGAUGGCCAGAGGCCAGGAUCAUUUCAUGAAAAGAAAGCCAUUGUUCCCUUACCCAUCGUAUCCGUUUGGCGAAGAAAACAUUCCACUUUCGAUUCGGGUUUCAUUAAAUGGGAACACGCAGUUCUACCAAUCAAGGGAAGGAUCUUAUGACGGCAUCGCUAGUCCGGGAAUGGAGCUUAACAAAUUCGUCCGAUGUACAUUUAUUGUUGCCCAGGGCUUCAAAGAAGCAAGCCAAUAUCGACAAGUGGAUGACAUUGAAUUUUGUCUUGAACAGAUAAAGAUCACAUUAGAGGAGGAGAAGCUCGAGGAUGAUGAACUCUCCUCGAAGGAAAUACCCUUGCUUGAUGAUCGCAAAUCACGGUUCAUAAGAUGGAGUGAGUUUAAGGAUGCCGUUGCUGGCAGUGAACUUGCUCGUGCAAUGACAUCUGAACUCGAAGACUCUCGGCUGGAUGAACCUCAUCUGAGUAUAUCUGGUCCAUUAGAGUCUGUUAAUGUCCAGGGGGGUUCUUCGAAAGAAAGAGUCCCACCGCUGUCAGCUUGUGACAGGAACAGCGCCAACCCGACUGAAGAAGAUAUGCUUGGAUUUGAAAGCGGCAAGAACAAGCCAACGGGGGGUGAUCAUGGUACAUUUCCUGGGGUGCCUAAGGCGGAUAACUCCCUCUCAAACCAAGAAUCGAGUACUGAGGCGAGUAAAUCAAAUGAAAACGACACAGCGAGGAAUAAUCCCAAGCUGCCUUACGAUGAGGAGAUGUAUCUUCAAAUUCUCCGCAGCGAUGAUCCGGUUUGGGAUUUUUUGCACCACCGAGCCAUAAGGCUUGAAGAGAAGGGGGACGACAUGACUGACAUGGAAGUCAGUGAACUUGAUUUCUUGCGAGGCAUAGAUAAUGACUUACGGUGGGGGAGGUUCCUUGGAGGCGAAAACCCCGGUCAGAUUUUCUUACGUUCUCAGUUCUACCGAGACAUUCUUGACACAAGAAUUCGUCACCUCAUAAAUGUCUCUUGGUCUGAGGACGAAGUGCUUCAAAAGCUUGAUCCCGUUCAAUUUUAUUUGAUAUGGAGAUCAAAGAAGCAGUCGCGAGAGAAACUUUGGGCUGAACAUUGGGGUGUGGACCCAGAAACUACUGUCCAUGUUGCGGACCUUGACGAUGUUAUUCGCAACUUACCGCAACGUGAGACCGCAAGGGUCUUGAAGAGAAACGACAGGGCUCACGAUUGUUGCAACAAGCUUUUAACGAGACUCCUUGAGUCUGAUGAAAUACUUUAUGAGCCAGAAAUCAGGUAUCUUGAAAGGUUGUUGGAAAAGUCCAAGCCCUCUCGUCUCUGGAGUAUCCUACCUCCUGCUGCUCUUGCCAUUAACGCGGCCGGUUUCUUUGGUUCAAUGAAGAAUUACGUACUACGUGCAAUUCAGUUUACUCCUGCGGCUACACUUUUUGGCAUGCUCCGCCAUAAUGACUGA